AUGGUAAUUAAUUCUGCUGGUUAUGGCCAGUGGAGCCUGACGAGUCAGAGUAUUCUGAACUCCAUCGAAAACCCAUUAAUGCCUAAUAAGAGAGGGGACAUGGAAAAAUAUGCUGGAUCAGUGGUGUCGGACCCUCAACACUCCCAAAAGCUGCUAAGGGCCCUUCUGUCUUUCAGGCAAUAUGAUUGUUAUCAAGAUGCAGUGCUGGUUUUGGAAGGAGAAGAGAUCCCUGUACAGAAGAACAUUCUGGCUGCUGCUAGUCCAUACAUAAGGACCAAAUUAAAUUACAACCCACCGAAAGAGGAUGGAUCUGUAUACAAAAUCGAUUUACAAGGGAUCUCUGUGGCAACCAUGAAACAGAUCUUGGACUACAUUUUCAGUGGGGAGGUUACCCUGAGUGAAGACACAAUUCAGGAUGUGGUCCAAGCUGCUGAUCUUCUUCUCCUCACUGACCUAAAAUCUCUGUGCUGUCAGUUUCUGGAGAGCUGCAUCACCGCAGAGAACUGCAUCGGCAUACGGGUCUUCUCCUUGCUUUACUGCCUACACCAUGUCUACCACGUUGCCACUGAGUUCCUGCAGACGCAUUUUCGAGACGUGGCCAAUACGGAGGAAUUCUUGGAGCAGCCGCCCGAUCGCCUGUGUGAACUGCUGUCCAUUGAGAAGCUCAACGUGGGGAACGAAAGGCAUGUGCUGGAGGCCGUGGUCCGUUGGCUCAGCCAUGACAUUGAAGCUCGACGAGUCUAUAUGAAAGAGGUAAUGUCUGCUGUGUGGGUUCAAAGCUUGGACAAGUGCUACCUCCAGGAGCAGAUGUUGGGAGACCCCCUGAUGAGGGAGGUGAUAGGGAAGUGCUGCAUGGAGUCUCUGGGGGAGCAGCAGCAGGGGGAGGCACUGCUUGCUGCGUUUAAACCCCGCGGCUACUCCGAGUGUAUCGUAAUAGUGGGGGGUGAGGACAGGAACUCUCAAAAGCCCACGGCAGCAGCACGCUGCUUGUGUCCUCUUUACGACCGUAACAGGCAACUGUGGAUCGAAUUGCAGUCUAUGAGUGAGAGGCGCAUUGGACAUGGGGUAGUGUCAGCAGAGGGAUACCUGUUUGCCAUAGGAGGAAUGAAUGAGAACAAAACUGAGUUGAGCAGUGGAGAGAAAUAUGACCCAGAGACUAAUACCUGGACGCCAAUCCCAGCAAUGAUGCAGGCCCGACAACACUUUGGAAUUGCCGAGCUGGAUGGACUGAUUUAUGUUCUGGGAGGGGAAAACAAGGACACUGAGGUUCUGCUCACGAUGGAGGUGUUUGACCCCCAUUGUAACAUCUGGAGACCCCAACCCAAAAUGACCACAGAGCGCAAGUUUGGUUGCUGUGCCACCAUGAAAAAGAGGCUCUAUGUAAUGGGUGGUGGAUCAUAUGGAAAGGUGAAUGACUCUGUGGAGUUCUAUGACCCCAGAACUCAGCAGUGGACCGCAGUCUGUCCACUUAAGGAGCGCAGGUUUGGAGCAGUAGCUUGUGGCGUUGGACAAGAGCUCUACGUGUUUGGUGGUGUUAGGAACAGAGACGCUGACAAUACAGAGUCCAGUCAGAUGACCAUCGCCAAGUCUGAGUUUUUCCAUGAUGAACUGAAAAGGUGGAUGCUUUUAGAUGACCAAAACCUCUGUAUACAAGCCACAUCAUCCUUUGUGUAUGGAGCUGUACCCAUUGGUCCAAGUGUAUAUGUAGUAGGAGAACUUGACACAGGCAAUAACUUUGACUAUGUCCGGGAGUUCCGCAGAAGCACAGGGACCUGGCACCCUACCAGAUCACUCAUGUCCUCUGAUCUGAGUAAAACAAGCUGUGCCUCCCUACGGAUCGCCAACUGUAAACUGUUCCGCCUGCAGCUUCAACAAGGCCAGUUCCAGAUCCGGGUGUAGUCCACAUAACCAGAACUUGCAUCCUCACCACUGAGUUCUACGUUAUGUCACUCAUCCAUCAUCUGCUGCUCUGCAGGAGGAUGCCAGAGGGUUGUGGAAUUGAAGUGGCUACUGCUGAGGUUCGGUUAUAACAGGGAAAAAGUUUAAAUGAACUAAACUUUUUAACGUUUGUUGCCUUUUUGUAAGGGGAUGAAUCAGAUGUCCUCUUUUUGGAUCCCUUUCUGUUUUGAGCGAUUCGGAGUGGUGGGGAAAUAUAUCAGAACAGAAAAGACAUAGUUUAGUCUGGCUUUUAUGCGUUACACAGAAUUUGGCAACAAGCCACCUUCACUUGCACAAGGUUUGCAUGAAUGUGAUGUUGCUGAAGAACUGUGGUGCAUCAAGGAUCAUUUUUGAAUCAAAGUAUGACUCGAUUCAAAAUCAAAUAGAAACAUGAGAUGCCUAAAGAUUCAUACCGCUAGUUUUGACUCCCAUUAACAGGAAUCACAGAUACAUUAAGCUGUCUGUUUUAAUGCUUUAUUUGAUUCGUUUACAAUAGUUUUUACCCGUCUGCUGCUUGUCUUAAACUAACUCUUUGAAAUUGGAGAGGGAGGUUAAUGUUGUCUUUAUAUACAGUUCUAGUUGAGUAUUAAAUGUGGGUGCAGUAAGUAAGGGAACAAAUCAUUCACUUGUCAGGGAUAGUGGUACUGUACAUAUUUUUUUAUUAGUGGCUAUAAAAUGUCUACACACCCCUGUUAAAAACGCACGUGUUUGAAAUGUUAAGAAAUGAAUCCAAGAUAAAUCAUGUCAGGUCUUUUUGAUCAAAUGCAAACAACCAAAUUCAAAAAUCUGGUUGCAUAAGUGUGCACACCCCUUAAAGGUGCUGUUUUUUCAUGGAAAAGUAUGCAAAAAAAUGUCCUACGAUAUUAAUGAAAUAAGUGUCCUGAGAUAUCUCACCAGAUUCUGACAGCUGUAGACUUUGUAAACCGCAAACAAAAUGUGUCUGCGGACCACGCACAUUGUCACGUUUUUAAAAUGUCACUCAUUUUGCUCGCUCUCAUAAUGUUGUCUUUGAAGCUGAUCAUUGAGGAUAUGAUUCAUAAAGUUUGUCAGUUGAUGGCGCUAUUGUGCCACUGUUGAAUUUGACAGCAAAUGGAACAAACAAUGCUGCUCUUUUGCUCUGUUUUCGUCACAAAAUUAUCUUUGGAGGGCAGAGUUUUGGAAUGAGAGGGAGUGCCUAAUUUAAUGGCUCAGUCAGGUGAAAACUUCAGAACGGCUUGUUUGAAGCAUCUUUUGCUUUUAAUACAGCAGCCAGUCUUUUUGAAUAAGAGUAUCUCAGCUUAGCACAUCUUUGCCCAUUUUUAUCCCACUCUUCCUUGCAAAAAAAUCUCCUGACCUGUCAGAUUGUGAGGGGAACUCUUGUGCACAGCCCUCUUCAAGUCAUUCCAUACAUUUUCAAUUGGAUUUUGGUCUGGGCUCUGACUGGGCCAUUCCAAAAUGUUGAUCAUCAAGUUUUGAAGCCAUUCCUUUGUCAUUAUCGUGCUGAAGGAUGAAAUUCCUCUUCAUCUUCUGCUUUCUAAUGGAGGCCUGCAUGUUAUGUGCUGAAAAUAACUAGUAUUUGGCACUUUCCAUGAUCAUUUAUAUCUUGACUAAUUUCCCAGUCGUAGCUGAAGAGAAGCUGCCCCAUAGCUCUGUGCUUCCACCACCAUGCUUCACCGUGGGUAUGGUGUUGUUUGGGUGAUGAGCAAUCUUGUUUUUGUGCCAAACAUUCCUUUUAAAAGUAUGCCCAAAAGGUUCUGUAUCAGUUUCAUCAAACCAUAAAAUAUUUUGCCACAUAAUUUUAGUGGAGUAAUUACUUCCAUUUUGCCAUCCUACCCCAAAGCCCAGAAAUAUGAAGAAUCCAGGAUAUUAUUGUCACAUGCAGUGAGGGACCAGACUUUUACAAAUAUUCUUGCAGCUCCUUUAAUGUUGCUGUAGGUCCCUGGGCAGCCUCACUAAUAAGUUUUCUUCUUGUUUUUCAUCAAUUUUGAUGGGUGCCCUGUUCUUUGGAAUGUCAUUGUGGUGCCCCGUUUUCUCCACUUGUUCAAGAUGGCUUUCACGAUGUUCCAUGGCACAUCUAAUGUUUUAAAUUGUAUUUUGUACCCCUCUUCUGAUUGUUAUCUCUUCACAAUAAGAUGCUGCACAUCCUUUGCAAGCUCUUUAUGGACCAUGGCUUAAGCAGAAAGGUGCAACCAAGAAGAUGCCUAGAAAAUCCUACAGAAAAAGAUGAUUUUUAUUAAGGGUAAUCUUAAUUGAUGACAAGAGGAAUAUAAUUUCUUUCGAAUAAGAUUUUGAAUAUGAUUGGUCAAUUGUAUACAGAUUCACAUGCCCCAUUAUGAAAGGGUGUGCACACUUAUGCAGCGAGGUUAUUGUAAGUCUUUAUUUUUAUUUUCUCCUUGCUAUUUGUUGUUCACUUGAAUUUGGUUGACUGCAUUUUAUCACAAUAAAGGUGGAAGAAGAUAUGACAUGAUUUAACUUGGAUUAAUUUUUUACAUAUCAAAAACUGGCCAUUUUAACAGAGGUGUGUAGACUUAUUAUAUUCAAUGUGCAAAUCAGUACAUUGGUAUGCAGCACAAAUUGUUCUUGCUAAUGUACAGUCAAUGUAGAGAGGGAGUUUUAGAUUACUCAAAUGGUUUAUGAUGUCAUAUUACUGUUAACGAUUAAUCAAAAAAAAAAUUCUGUGAAUUAAAUUACUCACAUUUUUAAUUAGUAUAAAUAUAUUUUUCCUUUCAAAAAUCAGUGCAUUAAUUUGUAAUUUAUUACGUUUUUUUUUUUGGUGGCCUAAUUAACUGUAUUUCAUACUUGUUUUGUCGUACAAAGGCUGAAAAUUUAUCAAAUUUGUUUGUCCCAUCUAGAUUUAAUUUGUGAAAAAAGUCCAAUUAAAAACCCAGCUAUGGGUUUAUUUUGUUCAUGGUCAAGUUCUUAUUUUGUACAUUUGUUAGAAAGCUAACAGAACACAAAUGACAAUAAAUAAAUGACAUAAAAAAAAAAAAUGUAUUCAUCUUAAACGUUUACCUUGUGUGGUCUUAAAGAGAUAAUGAAGAUUCUAAAAUAUAAUAAUAAUGAAAACAUUUUUAAUUCUCCAUACAAUGAAAUUAAAUGGUGACUGUGUCUGUCUGUCCCAAACAUUUUGCAUUUUGCAUCUCCUUUAGAAGAAAGAAUGUCAUACAAGUUUAAAAUGAUAUAAUGGUUUUAAAGUUUAAUUUUGGGGUGAACUAUACUUUUAUUAUUUGAGUUGAUGUAUUUUUAAUUUUUAUUUAUUAUUUAUGUGCGAUUAUUCUCACACAUGUGUGAGAAUAUCACACCUGACCUAAUAAAGGUUUAUGUUUUAGAGUAUGUGAAGUACACUAACCUAAUUGCCUAUGUGUUGUAUUGUCAAAAGUGGAAACUAAGGGUGGUGGAAAUUUGCAUGUUUUAUGUGCCUGGCUGCCUAUAUGAUGGUCUGUCCAUUUUAUCUGAUCAACUUUUUCUGUUGGUUCCGUAUCCAGGGACUCUGAACGCAACACCAUAACAGAAAUAGAUGCAAGGUCUCACCCUUCUGUGGCAAGAGUAUUUUGUUAAUGACCUCUGAACUGGCUUUCCUGUCAGUGUGGAUGUUUUUUUGCGUCUGGUGACCCCAUUUGUUCUGUGCAUUAUUCAUGAUGCUGCUGUCUGUUCUAAUUGAAGAGACAAACAUUGCAUAUUCACCACUAUGGAAAUGCACACCAAUAGCAGAAAUAUAGAAUAAAACAUCUUCACACACUGGACACUAACAUUUGUCGAAAAAGACUUCUUGAAAAGAGGAAUUCCGACAAACAAAAUGCUAGGACCCACUAUUAUUUUUGGUGUCUACACAAAAUGCACCGGUCACUAGAUGCAAGGUAUGCAAGUGGAAUGGUCUUUUUGUAUCAUAACAUAAAAUUCAGAUGUUAUUGACAUCUAAUGUAAAGAUGAUCCAAAGUGCUGUCAGUGCAGAAUAGAACUAUUGUCAAUGCUUCAUAUAUUAUGUGUAUUUGUGGCCUAGACUUCACACACAAUACAUGCUUAAGGAAAUUAUCAAAACAGACACUACUAUAAACAUUGUCAAGACUCAUUUGCACAAAACACUAAAACACAUAAUUUCUGCCAGAACAGUGUGAUUUAAUGAAAUGUUACACAAUGUUUAUGUAAUGCAAAGUGGUGUUCUUGUAAAAAGGUUUAUUUUUACUGUUUAUUCUCAUUCCAUGUUUGUGGAUGUUUUGCGAGCAAGUCGGGCUAUUAAGUUGGCCUCUUAUGUUGAAAUAUUUCCAUCUGCCGCUCAAUAAAAUAUGAU